GAACUGUUUCAUACAAAAUUAACUCUGUGAGAGCUGGUGUGGAUAUUGGUUAUAUGAGAGUCAUAUGUAACGCUCCCUCGUAGUGAAUGUGUGCAUGGACAUGUCGGAACGGUUCGAGGAAUUGCUACAUUAAGGAAAAUAUCGUUUCAACUUAAACUGGUGUAUUGGUGCACAUUUAAAGUUGGUGUAUAUUUCAAGUCUUUCGAAACAACAAUAUAACUAGGCUGGAUUUAGAACGUUUAAGGAAAAUAGCUGCAACCACAAAGGAUGAUUCACCUAUCAGCCAAGACUUUGUCAACAAAAUGGCUUCACCUGUUUUGCAUAACGACAUCUCUUCUGUGUCAAGUAACUGGUUUUAAGAAUAUGUCCACCUCAUCAACACCAUCGAUACAGUUCUUUACUAGCCUGGAAAAGGAAAAUGGCGCAAGGUCUCAGUUGCAAUCUGCUAGUAUUCAUAAAUCACAAAGGCAAAAGACUUUGGAUCAGCUGCUACAAGGCUAUGACCCGAGGAUUCCACCUAAUUAUGAAGAAGAUUUCCCAGUAAAAGUGCUUGUGCAGCUGCACAUAACCAACAUUGACAGCAUUAGCGAGUCAAAUAUGGAUUUCUCAAUCGGGAUGUUUCUGCGACAAAAAUGGAAUGAUACGCGACUGAAGUACACGGCACUUCCCCGCCUCAAAGCUCUUGAGCUGGACUCUCGAAUGAUGGACAAAGUUUGGGUCCCUGACCUUUUCAUAGCCAAUGAGAAGCAAGCACAUUUCCACGUGGUUACUGUGCCCAAUAAAUUGAUGCACAUUUAUCCCGAAGGAAGUGUCCAUUACAGCGUCAGAAUAACAGCAACGUUAAAAUGCAGCAUGGAUCUCCGGAAGUAUCCUCUUGACAAUCAAACCUGCAAUGUUAUAAUGGAAAGUUACGGAUACAGCACGGACAACCUUGUGUUUGGCUGGAAUCCUCUUCCGGUGACGCACGACAAUCGCUUGGUGCAGUCACAGUUCCAGUUUGGCGCCAUGGAAACCCUACGGUGUGACAAAGCAUACGUAGGAGGUAUGGACGGACGGACAGUCAACUACACGUGCAUCAUGCUGCAGUUUGAAAUGGUGAGAAGUUUUGGCUACUACAUCAUCCAGGUCUACAUCCCCUCCAUACUCAUCGUGAUCCUUUCGUGGGUAUCAUUUUGGCUCGACAUUGAUGCCGUACCUGCCCGAAUUUCUCUCGGUCUUCUUACGGUGCUCACGAUGACAACACAGAGCGCGGGUGCGAGGUCAGCUCUGCCAAGGGUCUCCUAUGUCAAAGGAAUAGACGUCUGGAUGGCGGCGUGUCUCAUAUUCGUGUUUUCGGCGUUGAUAGAAUUUGCUUACGUUAACGUAAAUUCCCGUGUAGAAAGGCGUCGUCGAGCGAGCUCUCAUCCUGCCUCAGGAUCCAUGUCCAGCGACAUGCUUAGUAAAAAUGGACGAGAGAUUAUUAUAGAAAAAAAGGGACCACCCCUCAGACGUUUAAGCAUGUUCACCCCAAGCCGGGAAAAAGCGCGAACAACGGACAGGUUUUCGCGUUUUGCAUUUCCAACGUCGUUCAUCGUAUUUAAUACUGCAUAUUGGAGUGUGUAUACAUUUUGGACGCCUGAUCCAUCUGAUGUUCAAUAGUGUCAUUAUUUACGAGUUUUGUAAAAUGUGGAUAUAUAUGUUUAAUUUUUAUAUUUCAAUACAUACUUAAUGUUAUUGUUGCUAAGGUCGUUUUGUGUGCACACAUCUUUUGUACAUCGCACAUUUUUAUUAGUAAAAUUAU